CUGGAUCCAUAUUCUGGGCGCUAUUUUCCUGCAGAAGCGAGGACUGAGAGUCUGGCUAUGCUUAUGCGCAAUGAGCGUGCGGUAGAGAAGAUUAUACGCAUGCGCACAUGGAGUGUACUGGGCGAGCGAUGUGGAAUCAGCAGCGAAUCGGCAGAUGAUGCAUUUGACAAGUGGAGGGCGGCACGACAGCGCUGAGGGAGCAUUGCGAGGGCUGGAUUAGACAGCAUAGUUUUGGUGCAUAGCGUGUAAUCUCCACUUUGUAUAGUAGUAGGCAUAUGAAUGGCGUCUGGUUUCUCUUGCUGCGGUUAUCGCUAUCAAACAGUCGGCAUGAGAUGAGCACACAAGCAACGAGAAGUCCACAUCGCUACCAAAAGAACUUGAUGACGAUCGCAAAAAAAAAAAUGCUCGAACCUCUCACGCUUGACAUUGAACUGAUGCUCUCACAUGCCCGACGUCGACGCUCCUCCAAGAGAGUUCGCCGUUGUCCCCACAAAAUUUUUGCAGAGCUCACCCUCACGAACCUUCCACAAGAAACCGACAAUCUCUCGCGCAACAUAUCGCAAGGGCACGUAGAAAAGCAGCAACGACAAAAAAUUAACUCGACGCAGCGCUUUGCUCACAUCUCCAAAAAAAAAAAAGAGGAAGAUCCCAAGUCACAAAAGGCAUGUCCCACACCAUCCCACAACUCCAAUCCAUCUUUUCACGGAUAAUUGCAAUUGGUAGGAAAGACGGGCGGAUAUCUCUCUACGGGGCCGGGAACGGAGAACUAUCCAUUGGAAGAAAAGAGGGAUAACUCUCAGCAAGCCGCUUUCGCGGAGCCACGAUUUUUAGGUAUGUAGAUUACCAACUGAUGAU